CACGGAAAAUGUCUUCUAAGGAAGCUAAAGCCGCACUCAAAGAAGCGCGCGAAGCUGUAAAGAACAAGAAAUUUUCCGAUGCAAUCAAAUUGUGCAACAAACUGCUCAAAGAUCAGGAGGAUAAUUAUAUGGCACUGUUGGUGAUGGGUGCCGCCUACCAGGAGAGUGACAAAAAAGAAGCGGCCGCAUACCUGAGGCGUGCGGUAAAGUGUACCACCAAUCCGACCGUAGCGCUGCAAGGUUUGGCCGGUUGUGUCGAUGACACCGAGCUGUCAGACGUGUGCGAGAAACUGCUUACUCUACUGCCGGAAAAAUAUGCGGAACAGCACGCAAAGCUGUUCGAUGUUGCCGUUCGCGGCACACUCGAGAAGGCGUUACGUUUGCUGGAGAAGGAAGCAACGAAUGAAGAUUUGGAGACGGUUCGAAAGCUUUCCGCUUUCGAGUACCUUAGCAAACUCGUUUCCCAACUACCAGAUCUCGACAACACGGAACCAAAUUUGGUCUGCACGGUACUUGAUCGAGACAUUCAAAACAACGACGACGUCUAUCAGCACGAUAAAUUCAAUCGCUAUCUCAAACUACUUCACCAGCAGAAACGGUUCGAUCGAUUAGCCUCCGUAGCAGCGGCCAUGCACGAUCGCUUUCCAAACGAUCUUUAUCCGCUCGAGUGGAUCUGCAAGCUGUACAGUGACCAAAUCGUGCCGGAAGAUAAACUAGCCUCCCUGCUUCCCCGACAGCUGGACCACUACCUCGACCGGGCCGUAAACGUAGGGCCCAACUCUCCCACAGCUCUUCUGGCCAAGGGUAAGUUUCUGUUCGUCGCUGACCAGCUUGUCGAAGCGGAACGCAUCUUGAAACACGCAAACGAGGUCCAACCGCAGUGGAGUGCUUGUAUGGCACUGCUGGCCGAAAUUUACUUCCGCCAGAAGGCGUACGGUUUGGCGGAAAAUUUGUACCGAAAUAUGAACGUCACCAAUCGAAAUUAUGCCAUCGCACUGAUGGAGGAUGAAAGCGAGGAAAAGCUACGUGAAGCGAUCGCAUGCUUUGCGACUUUGUACGAGAACGAUCGUUCGGUGGAACUGUUGUUUUACUGGUGCAAGGCGUGCCUGCUCCUCGGGGAAUUAGACACAGCGAACCGAAGGAUGGAAGAGCUCGAACAGGCAGGGAUUGUGGAAGCUGAUCGGUUGGAUUACUUACUUGCUCUGCGCGAAAAGAUGGUGGGAAAUCUGGAAAAGUCAAUAGAAAUUCUAUCGCGCCACCAAGCGAGCAGCGUCUGUUUGCUGGAACUUUCGACCGUGCUCGAGUGUGUGGACGGCAAGCGAGAGGAAAGCUUUCUGGCCGCACUGAAAGCAACUAAACUCGAUCCCUACAAUGCUGUCUGCUUCUAUCGGCUUGGCAAACUCUACCAAGCGCAAGGUGAUUCGUUGCGAGCACGCAAAUGUCUGGAAAAAAGCAACCAUCUUAGUCCGGCCGCACGUAAUACGGUCGUUCGUUUGAGUGGACUUUAUCGGAAGUAUGGCGAAUGGGACGCUAAUGCUGCUCUACUGUCGACUACAUUUUCGCUGUGUUCCGGUGCGGCCUGGGCACAAUUAUUGCUCGGACUGCAUCACCUCGGCCAGCAGGAGUAUGAUGAAGCAAUCAGAGCGUUCCGGACGGUGCUACGGUACGAGGUGAACAAUGGGACGGCAUGGGAAGGAUUGGCGGAUGCGUACCUGGGCCGUGGUUCAUACUCUUCCGCGCUGAAGCUAUUCGAGAAGAUAACGGAGCGCAAUCCGGACAAUCCGUACCCGUUGCUGCAACUGGCUAACAUUAAAAACACGGUUAAACUGCACGGUGAAGCAUUGCAACUGUUCGAGCAAUUGCUUGUCAAGCAUGAGGACUAUUUCCCUGCGAUCAAGGGCAUUGCUGAUUCGCACAUGGGUUUAUGCUUUCACCGACUGAGUCAGCGAUUAUUGGGGCGUAGCCGUGAACAUGCCCAGCAUUGCGUCAAGUAUCUUACGAGAGCUAUCAAAAAGAAGCCUCAUUUCGUUUGCCUUUGGCACCAGUUGGCCAAAAUCCUCGAUACGGUCGCGUCGUUCCCAUCGACCCAUUCUCACCUGAUCAUCGAGGGCAGUUUAGCAGGGCGCGAGGAACAGCGGUGUGUAGAGCUCAAGCGUAACCAACUGUCGGAACUAGCCUGUCGAUGUUACGGCCGCAUCGUUAAACACCACCCCGAUACCGGCGUAUACUGGUACGAGCUAGCCUCAAACCAUUAUCGCCGAGCGCUAGAACUGCCUUCGAAUGUGAACACCGAUUCUACGAACUCUCCAAACGAGCGCUUUAAACUGCUCAGCAUUGCACGCGAUAUGGCCAAACAAGCGAUCAAGCUGGAUCCGUCCCGAUGGCAAAAUUGGAACCUGCUCGGAGUAAUCUGCACCACGCGCGAGGUAAACAAUCUAGCGCUUGCUCAGCACUGUUUCGUAGAAGCGGUAACGGUGGAUCGAAAAACGGCCGCGGCUGCUUGGUGUAAUCUUGGCGUACUGUACCUUUCACACGGAACGCUCAAACUAGCGAACAAAGCGUUUAGCCGGGCACAACAGUGUGAUACAACGCUCCGGGAAGCAUGGAUCGGACAGGCCAUCAUAGCGGAGUACGUGGGUCAAUCGGAGGAAGCGAUGGAUCUGUACCGACACUGUACGCAGCUUGGCUACCAUCGCGAAACGGCGCUCGGAUAUGCGCACUGGGUGUGUUCGAUCAUGAACGAGGACAACUAUGCCGCAAACGAGCGGUUUCGGUUCGCCAUUGAAGUGAUGGCUGCCCUACCCGUUGCGCACGAUUGUAUAGUGUGGCACUGUGCGGAUUUGGCCGAACAUGCCUCAACGGUUGCGUUAAGCUUUUUGGGAAACCUCAGCAGUCGUCUGGGACUGUGGCGUACGGCAUCGCAAGCAUACCGUCAGGCAGCGGAGGCUGCCAAGAUGGUGGAAGUUAAGAAUCGCAUCUUGUGUGAUCUGGGCCACUGUUUGAUGAAACAACAGCGCCACGAGGAAGCGGUACGAUGCUUUGAAAGUAUGGUUGGAAAACCCACCUAUCGGGCGUUGAUAGGUAGAGCACAGGCCUACUUCCGUGCCACCCAGUACGAACAGUCGUACGCGGAGUACGAAAAAUGUCUGCACGAUCUAGCGGAGACGAAUGAGCAGAAGGCGUACGUGUUGAUUGCCAUGUCCGCGAUGAUAUAUGCAUUCCACGGACAAGAUGCCGCCAAGACGGUUCUCUUUCAAUGUCUCGCACAACCGCAACCACCCAUCGAGGCACUCUUUUCAGCCUGUACUCUUGGUUUGUUGCACAAGGAUGCGAUGCUUACGGAACUUUCCAUCAAGGAGCUGCGUAAGCACGAGGACGAUCCAGUGCACGGUCACCAUGUAGUGUUCUUUGUGUCGGAAUUUUACUGGCAAACCAACCAAUCGCGCAAGUGCUACACCUAUCUGCUUUCACAAAUACAUCGCCACCCGUAUCGACCAAAGAUGUGGCAGCUGCUUGCGAUCGCUCUGCUGAAACGGUUCCGUACGCCGGAAAACAAUUUGCGCCUAGCUUGCAGUGUGGCGCAGGGCGCCGUAAUGUUGGAUUUGAACGAUCGGAAACAUAGAACGUGUGCGAAGGAUGCGGGCCGAUGGUUGGCAGUGGCAAGUGAAGCUAUCCGUCCGCUGGAUGCCAAGCUGUGCCGCGUGCUGGCACAGAAAGCACUUCAUGCGGAUCCGACCAACCGUGAAGCGUGGGGUGCAUUUUUGCGAAUGGUUGCUAUAUAA